AUGAUAGAAACGCCUCUUAUAACAGUCUCAGAUGAUAUUUUCAACGAUGCUAAUGAAUUAACAUCAUCAAUAUUAAAAUUUGCUAUUGAUAAAGAUUAUCAUGAUUUUCUUUUACAAAAAUUUUUACAUAAAAUAUGCAAUAUAAUGAAUAUAAAUUUGAAUGAUAUCGAUAUUAAAAAGAUACAAAAAGGUAGUACUAUAUUAGAAAUGGAAAUAUUUAAGAAUAUUGGUUCGAAACUUCGAAAGAUUAAGCUUAUAUAUAAAUCAAUCACUGAUCAAAUGAGAAAGGAGUUAGGAAAAUUAAAAAUCUUCUUUAUGUUUAUGGGUGAUAUUAAAUCAUUAGAGAAGAGACAAAAAGAUUCUUAUGAAAUCAAAUUACAUCCGGAAUGGAAUCAAAUAUAUGCACAAAAUCAUACAUAUUGGGUUGGUGCUAAUAACGAUGGAAUAGAUCGUGGUAAUCAACCGUAUUAUUGUCCUGUUGGAUGGAAAAGAUAUUCUUUAUAUGUGGCAGAUGAUUUUCGAGAGGAAUUUAAAGGAUGGUGUAUAUGCUAUCAUGGUACAAAAUUUGAAUAUGGAUUAUCGAUUUUGUUGAGUGGAUUAAAGUCAGCGAAAGAUCAGGCGCAUGGUCCAGGAAUAUAUACUAGUCCAUCUAUAAUUUAUGCAUCUCAUCCAAGAUAUGCUGAAAUUAAACUUGUUGAAUCUUCCGUUGAGAAUGACUUUUUUGAAAAAGGUCAAUUUAUUCAAUUUGUUUUAGAAUGCCGUGUUCUUCCUAAAAAUAUAAAGAUAAAAUGCGAAACAUUACGUGUUCACAAUCAAGCUAUUAUUGAUGUCAAUAUUAGUAAUGAUAAAAUUGAAUGGUUAAUUGAUACCCAUAGAAAAGAUCUAAUGAAUUUUAACGAUCCAAAUUCUGUAAUUUUUUGCACAGGAAUAAUGAUACGAGUUACAGAUAAUCAUCCUGGUUUAUUGCCUGUAUCAAAAUGGUGGUAUGUAAAUGGCACAUUGGACUAUCUAAAAUCCACACCUUUAGAACGUCAAAUUUUUGCUGGUCACGAAAAAUUUCUACGAACUUUUGUUAAUUUAUUCAAACAGUUUGAUGCCCCGUUAGAAUUUCUAAGCUAUAUAUUUUCUAUCAAAAGCUAUCGAGAAGCUCCAAGAGAUUUCAUCGCUCCAGGCCCAGUCAAAUAUGAAAAUAUAUUUGUGAUUCUUUCUAAUGCCUAUGAUGAACGUUUAACAGCAAGAAUACAUGAUUUAUCAUAUGUUGAACAGAUUUAUAUCUACGUUGAUUGUGAUGCUGAAACUUUGUGGACAAAAAAAUAUUUAAAAGGUCGUGGGCCUUAUUCUGUCGAUAACUUGCAAAAUGUGUUUCGUACAUUAGCUUACGAUGCGCAGUGUGCACUAGACAAUUUAUUACCUAUUACUAUCUUUGAUCCAGAGCCUACAGAAUUUAUUUAUAAAGAUUUGACAACUGAACAACUUGAUUUUCUUUGGUUUCAAUUACUUCUACGAGUACUUCAAGAUACUCCAGUUAAAUAA